AUGCCAACAAAGCAGCAUGAAUUGCCUGUUGAGAUUAAGAAGUGGACCAGAGACCAUGUUAAAGAGUGGGUUCUUAAAGAGAAUCUUGUAAACAGUGCAGAUGCUAACCUCCUAUAUGAACAGGACAUCUGCGGGACUAGCCUCCUCAAGCUUUUUAAGUCAGACCUCCUGGAUUUGGGCAUCAAGUUGGGGCCAGCGAUACGUAUCCUCACCAAGAGGGAUGAAUUGGUGCAUCUUAAGAGGGAUCAAAAGGGUAGCCAGGGGAAUCAGUCCAGGAGACUAUGCAAGCCCUACCCUUUCCAGAGAUAUCAUGAUGCCUACAGGUACAAAGCAAACUAUAUCCUGGAUGUAACAGAAUCAGGUGCUUUAGACUUUAUCGAACCAUGCCAUGAAUUUAAAGCAUACAUCAACACAGAACAGGCUAGCAAUGAAAACAAAAUGAGGAAGUUCACUUGGGAGGUCAUUCGCUUUGCAGCAGCCUGUAUGAAUAGCCGCACUAAUGGUACCAUUCAUUUUGGGGUGGGUGACUCGCCAGAUUAUACUCAGGGGGAAAUUCUGGGAAUUAGUAUCCAGGAUAAGGAGGCCUUUUUAAAUAGUUUGCUCCAGGCUACAGAGGGUCAUUUUGAGCACAAACAUACUGACGCUGCCAAGAAGUGCAUCAAGUCACCUCGAUUUGUGGAGGUUCUUAAUCCAGAGAUGACAUCCACUGAAAAAUAUGUGAUUGAAGUGGACAUAGUGCCAGCCUAUAUGAUCUGUCAAGACAACUUCUAUCAUGUCUAUACUGUGGACAAGAAGGAAGUGACCAAAAAAUCCAAAAGCAAAGCUCUGGACCAAGAUAAAGUCAAAGAGAAGUGCAACCUCUUUUUAAUUCGUGAUGGUCCCAAAACUAAAAACCUUCUAGUGCAGUCCACCAAAAAGAAGGAUUUGGAAGAAUACAGCAGAUUUAAGGAGGGUAUCAAACAGCUGUCACAGCAGAGAAGAGAAGCAGAGGAAAAGCAUUUGACUGACGUGAAAGGAGUCCAGGGCUCCAGACUCAGUGAGAUGUUAACAGGUGGAUCUCAGUCCUUAGAUAACUCUCGCUUUGAGCGGUACUUAUUAGUGACUAACAAAUCACACAAAAUGCAACUGGAGUCACUUGAGUUUCUUCUUGAAAUGAAUCUGACUGCUGUGUUGGACUUUGACCCAGAGUCUGCAGAAAAUGGGCUAUGUAAGUACUAUGAAGAACAUCGAAAGAUAAAUGUCCAUUUACCACAGAAAUACAAAAUCACAGAGGCAGUCGAGGACAUUGCAGACAAACUGAAACUGACCAGAAAUACCAGUUGGGUUUUAUGCAGUGAGGUUAAGGAGGAUAACUGGUUUACAGAACAAGCAGCUUCAGUUAGAAACGUGAUUUCUUUCCUCUGUCGGAAGGAUGUCCUACCACAGAAGAGAUUUCUAGUUGUUUUCUUGUUGCUAUCCCAUGUGAGUGACAAAAUGGAUCCUCUGCUAGAGGUCUUAAACAUAUUCUGGCAAGAGCUCAAAGGCACUGAUCAGAUCCUGUGCAUCUGUGAGAAUAAACAAACUUUCACUUGCUGGAAGGACCUCAUCGAGACUCGUUAUGAUGUUGACAUCUCAGCAAGAUCCAUUUAUGAACUCAGUCUCACUGAGAUUAAUGGGACUGUCCUAAGUCUGUGGUCAGAGAACCGCAGGUCGAGUCGUUUCUUGCCUGGGACAGGAGCAGGGAAGGUCAUCUUAAAGAAAAAAGAUGAGGAAUGUUUGGACACCCUGAGCAUUCUCUGUGUCAACCAGUGUGAAGGAGGUAGUGAAGACAUGGAGUCUUUGGAACAGAGUUUCUACAAAGGAGGGAAGGUCUCCUGGUGGAACUUCUACUUCUCAGAGCAGCCCGGAUCAAUGCCGUUUAUCAAGAGAGACAAGUAUGACUUCAUUAAGAAUACCAUCAUUCCAGAACUGUGUUCUUCGAGGCAAGCCUGUGUGUACUUCAACAUAUUGCAUCUCCCAGGUUGUGGUGGCACCACACUAGCAAAGCAUAUCCUGUGGUCACUGAAGGACACAUAUCGUUGUGCUGUUCUGAAGGAAACAUCUAGCAACUUUGCUGAAGUGGCGACGCAGGUGGUUGAGCUGUUGCUGUAUGAGAAAGUAGAGCAUGCCAGAAGGAUGCCUGUGUUACUAAUGCUAGAUGACUUUGAAGAAAUGGAUGAUGUUUUUGAUCUGAAGCAGCAUGUUGAGAAUGAGUUUGAAAAGAGGAACCUUGGUUCCAAAUGCCCACAGGUUAUACUGCUCAACUGCAUGAGGACAGAAUCCUGGGAGCAGACUGAAGCAACUGAAGACACUGUCUUCAUAGGCAAUAACCUUUCAGAGUCAGAACAGAAGCAGUUUCAGAAAAAGCUUGAGGAAAUUGAGAAGAAACACAAGCAUGUAGACACAUUCUAUGGUUUCAUGAUCAUGAAAGAAAACUUCUCAAUUGAGUACGCCCUGGGUGUUGCAGAGAAUACUCUUAAGAACUUUUACAUUGACCACAAACAUGCUCAACUAAUUGCUGUUUUGACACUCCUGAACGUGUAUUGCAAGAGUGCAGCACUCUCAGUUUCUCUCUGUGAGGAGUUUUUGGAGCUACAGACUAAACCAGUUUGUGCCUAUCGAAAUAUGGAGGAUGAAUUUGAAAAGUUCUCCACACUUGUGAAAUGCCACACUGUAGGAGCCAAAGUCGUCUAUGAAGCAGUGAGACUAAUUCACCCCAUCAUGGCUGUUUGCUGUUUGCACAAACUUACAACCACUUACGGUUUGACUACAGCGGAGAUCAUUAAUCUGCUGUUGACUAACAACAAGUUCUAUGAGUGCACACAGGGGAAAUAUAAACUCAUGAAAGAUGUGCGUAGCAUGUUGUUGAAAAGGCAUCACUUCUCUAAGGAAGAAAAUCGCAAGGAUGUGAAAGAUAACAUGUUCUCUCCUGUAAUUCAGACCAUUGCCAAGGACACUCCAGGGUUAGAGGAAAGUGUUCUGUCAAAUGCAGCUAAGCUCUUUCAGAAAGACGCUUUCAUUUGUCAGCUUCUUUCCAGAUACCAAUACAUUAUGAAGAAAGACUUCAAAGAAGCUAAAGAGUGGGCUAAAAAGGCCAAAGAUCUUGCUGGGGACAACUCAUACAUUUCAGACACCUUUGCACAAAUCAUCAAGAAUGAGCUACAGAAUGAGAUCAACAAAAGCAAAGGUGAAGUUCAUCUUUCACCAGAAACACUUCAAGAAUAUCUAAAACUGGCAUGCUCUGCUACAGAUGCCUUCAGGACAACACAGGUUAUUGCCAAUAAUGAGAUAGCUGUCAGGUCAAAGCUGAAGAGUGGUAAAAGCCCUUACAACACUGCUGGCCACCUUGGAGAAAUCCAGGUUGCUGUGAUUAUCACUGGCAUUUUGGAAAAGGUACCAUUUUUUGAUCCUUCCAAUUCUGUCAAUCCCAAUAUCUUGGAGAAGGUUCUCUCUGGCGAAAAAAAAAUCCGAGAUGUAUCAAGAGAUGACCAGAAUCAAGAACAUACACCAUAUUACCACGUGCUUGAAAAAUUCAGUGAUCUUUUUUGUAACCUUAAAAACACCAUGAAACACCACUUCAAUUUCCUGGAUAGCUUUUUUGUGAACUUAGAGCCACAAUUCUCCCUGAAAGACAUUCGAGAGGAGCGGAUCCGGCAGAAUCUGCUCAGAUGUUUCCAUCGAUAUGUUGAACUUUUCUGCAAGUCAGAUGUCACUGAAUGUCUGAAGAGCCAGCCCCAAUCCAUCAAGAACGAUAUUGACAGGAGUCUGACAUUUCUGGAAAUGAAUAAGGCUGAUACCCACUCUGGGAUACUUGACCAGCUGUCAAAAAAUUCAGGGGAAAAAAUGGAGGAAAUAGUCAGAACAUAUAUGUACAUUCUGAGCAACUCUGAGCAAGAGAGAUCUGUGAGAAACAGGUACAGGAUCAACUUGAAAUAUGCCAAUGUUGUGCUUGCAUGCAUCAAGCCUGAAUCACAAUGCAUACUCCCAUAUAAGAUCCUUCUUGAUAAGCUGCGUGAGGUUCUCAGGGAACCCAUCUCAUACAAGGACAGCACAGCAUUGCACUUCAUUGCGGUCGCUCUUUUGUGGACAGAACAGGACUCUGUAAUGAGUUAUAUCUCUCAGAUGAAGAACUCUUUCAGGAACGAGAUGGGAUCCGUGUGGUAUGCUAAGAAGCCUGUCGUCCAUUUCUACUUGGGGCAGAAGCCAGGCUAUGGCCACCUACUCUGCCGCGAGAACAUAGAAAAAUGCAUCAAAUCAAAUUCUGCCUCCCUGUGGGAAAAUGGAAUGAUAUGGGAGCAUGAAAAUGUCAGGCAUCUCCUCUACAGAGCAACUGGACAGGUGCAGAAGAACACUAUUCUAGCUGACACCAUGGAUCCAGCAGUAAAAAUUGAGAUCGAGCCAGAGCGCAAAAACCAACUCUGUGGAAAGGGACAGACAAACAGAGUGUCAUUCUUCAUUGGAUUCUCUAUGCGAGGCCCCCUUGCUUUUGACAUACAAUUUCAUUAAAUAUCUGGGUGUGGAGUGUCACUGAGUU